AUGGAGGAAUAUCAACAGAUUACCUCAUCAUCAAGUGCUUGGCAAAGAAACAAGCUUACCAUCUCUCAAAGGUUUUAAGAGCAGCUCGUAUUUGAGGAUAUUAUUAUUAAACAGACUCCUCAUACAGAGCCACCUUCCUGUGCAAUAGUACUUGCUAAAUAUGUGUACAAGAACUAAAGACAAAAGUUAAGAGGGAAAAAAGUUAUAGAACUGGGAGCAGGCUGUGGAUUUACAACUAUUUAUCUAUCAUAGAAGCUACACCCUAGCAAAAUAGUUGCCACUGAUCUUGGAUCAGUGAUUAACAUUAUUAAGGAGAAUAUUGACCUAAAUAGAUGUGAAAAACAGCAAGUUCAUUGCAAUGAGCUAUUUUGGGGUAAUAAGGAGAACCUUUAAUAGGUAUAUGAAUGUGCUGAGAUAAACAACAAAGAAGGUGAAGCUUUUGAUUUAAUUCUGGGCAGUGACUUGAUUUAUGAUUUCGAGUACUUUGCUGAGCUAGUGCAAACAUUAGAUAGUUUGUAUAAGUUUGGCCGUAAUGAAAUCCUGUUCUGUUUCACGCAUAGGUUUAGUGAUGUUGAGAGAUGGUUCAAAGAAGAAUUAGAGAAGAAGGGCUUUAAGAUUGAAUACGCCAAGGAUGAUGAAUUUGAUUUAGAAUUUUAUGAAUCAGGCAAAGUGUUUUUAAUCAAGAUUUUCAAAGAAAGAUAAGAUCAAGAAGAUUCAUCAGAGGAUGAUGAUAGCAAUUAUUCCUGA